GCGGCCGCGCACAAUCUCCUUUUUAACGCCAGUGUUGUUCUUCUGAAACCCGACAAACGACCAUUGUUAUUAUCCCAUCUACGAGCGAAAGAAGGAAAAGUGAACACACUACGGAAUCUCCCCUUUGUUUCUAUGUGAAUUCAGUGAAUUUUAUGGACGAUUUUGAUGUGGUGACUUAAAUUUUACGCAAUCGUGUUUACGUUUCAACCUACCGUUGAGCUCUCCAAGUGAAAUAAGAAGAAAAAGUCUUCGAAUUCUAUUACAAGUUCUUUUGGCAAGUUCCAACAAACUGUUUUCUUUGAUAAAGACAUUAUUAAAAAUGAAGGAAGUUUAAAAAAGGGAAAAUCUGCGGAGAGUGGCAACUUAAACACAAGUCUUUAUAGAGAUUUACAACCGAGCCAAGUUCAAUAACCCCAAUGGUGUACUAAGUGGAAAUAGCGAGUCGAUGGGCACUGCAAGUGGGAAACACCGAAGAGAAGACCCGUGUUGUUGUCAAACUGUUUAAACGCAACAACAUAGUAUCCUACUAUAACCCUCUUAUUCCGGCGAUGGUUUUUUUUAGUUUUUAAGAAAGUCUUCUGGUUCCGAUUCUGACCUUUCGAACCUGGCGCCUAUCAAGUCUAUAAACACGUUCGAUUCCGAGAGACAAAAGGCACGGUUUAAGUGUAACAAUUGCGUAACAGGGUUUCUUUUCGCAUAGAAAGGUACCCAACAACUACACAGUGUCUCCGUGAGUGACUGUGUGUGUCCGUGUGUUCGCACGGGGAAAGUAUGUCAACGUGAUCUCUGUGGGCAGUUUUCUUAUUAUACUUCUCGUUUCUUCGUACCCCAGGAUAUAGUUAUUGUGGAGAAUGUCAUAAUUUCUAUCUGGUUUUGUUAUUAUGGCGGCUGUGACAGCAUUCCUUCCUACCGAAGAUACUGGGAGAUUAAAAGCGGAGUUGCAAAGUUUACGAAGAAAAGGUGCCAUAAAAGCAACUUCAACCGAUUUUGAUAGCACAGUACCUGAUCCAGAUAGAUCUUGUGGGAGAUGCAGGGUGGAAUUAGGACGAGUUAUAAACAGGGGAGCUUAUUGCCGAGCUUGCAGAUUAAAAGUUUGCAAAGGAUGUAGGGAAUAUUCGCUUAGAACAACCGAUUGGGUGUGCACAGUUUGUCAUAAACACAUGGAAAUUCAAGCAGCCUCGGGGGAAUGGAUGAACGAAUUCGUUCGUCGUCCAAGUCGACGUCGCGACAAUCGAGUUUACGUUCCUGCAGCUGACAUCAUUAUCAGAACCUUAAGAAGAUCUUGGACCAUAUCGAAUCCAACCCCGCGCUGGAAUAAUCUAAGAGAAGCGCCAGAAAUGCGCCCCUACAGCAGUUUACCCCGAGGUCAGGAUAUAUCAAGUUAUCCAUCGUUAAUAGCUCAUCAAAAAACGGAAAAUUCAAAUCAAGAUUCAAAUCAGGACGAUUCAAAGAAACAUUCCCCAGCUAAAAGGUCCCAUAGUGAAGAUGUUUAUUCCGAUCGAAAUGUUAUCGACGACGUAAAAGAAAGUAAAAUUGAAUCGCCUCCGGUGAGAGUAAACCCGUUGAUUAAAUUUGCUGAGCGAAGACAAAGCGAAAAGUUAACAAAAAAGAAAUUUUUGAAAAUUCAAACGGAUAAAAAGGACGAUGAAAUAAUAAGUGGUGAAAAUGUUGAACAAAACGAAAUAAAUAAAGAAACGAAAAACGAAAAAAUACCGAACGAGAACAAUAUCAUUGCGAAUCAACGAGAAUUAAUAGAGAAAAAUGUAAACGAAAAACGAGUUAGUUUCGAUGACCACUUUCAAAGAAAAUUAUUAGAAAAUAAGGAGAAAACAUUUAACGAUAAAAAUAAUCUAAAUAUUCCCGAAGAUAACGAUUUGGAUGCUAAUUCUAAUAAAGAAAAUAAAGACGAAGCUGUUCCUGUUGAAUUAUGCGAUAUAGAACCUUUAAGUGGAACCGUUUUUCGAAAAGUUACUGUGAGAAGGCGACGACAAGAUAUGAGAAAGAUGCAAGCUAUUGAUAACGGUUGGCGACGUCCGGAUGCGGAUCUCCUGGACAUUUUACUUCCCGAGGGUGACGAUUACAAAUUAGUCUUCAUCAGUUCAGACAGUUCGUCAAAAGAAGAAGACGUCGACGAUAAUGAUUCUUCAUCGGCAUCCAGUUUUCCUAUAGACGAUUGCGAUUGGGAUUAUUUCGAACCCGGUGUAAGCACAUCAAGAGUUUUAAGUUGGAAUUCGCCGUUCGGUUCACCAAGUGUUUAUAGAAGAGAUUUGGAAUCACCCAUUGAGUCCCCAUUGGUUUGCAGAAGGAGUUCCGCUACGACAACAGACGAUGAGAGAAGAAUCGAUAGUGAAAGUCCUUCGAGUGACUAUAAAAAUGAAAAAAUCGAGACUGAAGAAGAAAUGAGUGUAAUGGGUGAUGUUUCUUCGUUACAAUGUAUAAAUUCUUGUAAGAGUUGUGGUUGUACGCAAACCCAAUUUGUUCCAUUUCCGGUUCCAGUUCCAAUUCCGGUACCAAUACCGACAUUAUUUCCACAAGAAUCGUUAGUUUUCUUUAAAGAAAAUUACGACAACCUUCUAAAAUCGCGAAUGAGGUGUCCGCGUUCUAUAUUACCCAUAUUCAACCAAGCCGCGCUUAUCUGGCCGUUGAUUAACGAUGUAGAUAACACCCAGUUGUUAUCAGCCUUACUACAAACUGAGUUUGCGAACCAAGCGAGCGAAACACCAACGUCGAAUAGUACAGGUGAACCAACAGAACGUAACGAGCACGUUGAGUGUACCAGUGAACGUCCGAGUGUUAACAACGAAACAACACCAAACGAAGAAAAAAAUGAAGAAGAAAUGAAUCCCGAAAAUUUCGGCUACUUAUUAUCAGAGUGUAAUUUCGUCAGUUCAUCAGACGAUUCCGACGACGAUAAACCAGUUGUAAAAAGUUAUAAUGUGACCAUAAGUGACGAUUAUAAAUCAUCCGAUGAUGAUGCUUUACCCAGCAGUGAAGUUAGUGAUAGUUCUAAAGAACCAUCAAGUUCCGGAAGUUCUUCCGAAACCGAUAGUGAUGAUACCGGAACCGUAGCUGAUCGUAAAACAAAGUUUUCGUGUGUAUACGUUGUGAAUCAAGAAGAUAACGAAGACGAUGCAAAUAAAAAUGAUAGUGACGACGAGGAUAAUAAUGAUUACGACAAUGAAGACAAUAAUGAUGAUAGUGAUGGGAUUAUUUUAAAAACGGUUAAAAAACUAUCGGAAAGUCGUGAAUCUCUUCGCGAAUAUAAUUCCCCGCGUUUAUCAGACGUUAGCGCGGAAUCUUCUUUCUCCUCCUCCUCAGACGGAGACGAUGAUAAAGACUGUGACAACACUGAACGCACCGAUGAACUCGAAGUGGUGGGGAAUGAGACGCAACAAUCGAGUGAGUGGUCAGGUGAGACUCUCAGUGAAGGAAAACAUGCGGCGCGGUAUACGUCUCUCGUUAUGAUCACGCAAGAGCCAUCUGUUUACCCCCAAGUUAGUGUUGUUACUUCAGAUACGACGAAAAUCGUCAACGAAUCCGAUGAGGUAAUUGUUCAACAUACAAAUUCGCAGUUACCCCGCGAAGAUGACUUUUUUAACUCCGUUCAGUGUUUAAAUAAUGAGAACGUUACGGUUAUAACGGGUGCGGAUACUCUCUCAGCUGUUGUUUGUUUAGAAGAAGGCCUCGCAGACGAUGACUCGUGGGUGGAAAAUUUAUCGCACGAUGAAGACUUCGACGAGUCCUCAUCGAGCGAAGAAACCAACAUGUGUACCGAUCAAGAAGACGUUUUGAGAGGUUAUCGUCGAACUGCGAUUAAUUUUACCCUCCACACGAUCGUUGAGGAGAGUUGUGAAGAAAGCGAUGUUGAACAAACCCCAAAGAAACGACCAAUUUCCGCCACCGAUUUAGAAAAGUACUUUUAUUACGGACUUGGAAAUGGUAACAUAAAUCGCCAUCAAGCUGAAGAUGCUUUCUCAGAAACAAGUAGUAUUUGUAGUGAAAGUCCUGAAUCAACCACUAGCGGGGUUGGUAAAGCCACUUCAAACGAAACAGACCCCGCCGAUUUAGUUUCAUCGAGACUCGAAAAAUAUUUUCUUAGUGGAUUGAUGGGAUUUAAAGAACACGAUAAAACACCUCCGAACGAAAUCAACGACCCAGUUGAUUUAGCAUCAUCCCGACUUGAACAAUAUUUUCUCAGCGGGUUCAUGACUUUUAAGGAACGACGUGAUUCCGAUGGAAGUGUGGGUAGUGAUAGUGAGGGUAAACCCAGCCCGGAACAACGAAGAAAACGUUUGGUGCGAGCCCGCGGAACCGGAAGAUCACAUUCCUCUUCUUUAGAUAAUUUAUUAGUAAACCCAGAAUCCGGAAAUGAACAACCCCAAAAAGAAAGCGAAAACUCCGAAGAUUCCGAUUCCGAUACUUACGACGAAAACAGCUUCGAAAAAUCCGAUGGGCAAUUCGAUACGGUUAAAAGAAAAAAGAAAAAGUUAAAAACCGAAGAUAACAAAUCCACAAAACCCGAAGAAAUCAUCGAGGAACCCCUAGAUACAGAACCCCAAGAAGAAAACGACGAUCGACGAGCUCGUCUCCAACAACAACAAAGAGAUAGCGGUUUUGUGGGUAGUUUCGACGAUCUUAUCAAAGACCCCAACACCGAAUCUAACAACAAAGAAAAUAUUCAUAAACAAGAAAAACCCAAAUUUGAAUUUUCAAGGCCUCCGGUAACGAACUUGACACGAAAAGACAGCUUUAACAAUUGGAGUUCUGAUGAAGAAACCAAUUUGAUGAUGUGCAAGAUGAGACAAUUUUUCAAAACGAUGGUGAAUCAAAACUCAAAACCAACCACCCCAAUUAAUUCACCAAAAAUCGUUGGAAAUAGUCCAAGAAUGAAAAAAUCCAAACCACCCCAAUUAGUUUACUUCGAAAACGAAUUAACCAGGUUGAUGAAAACCGUUCCUGGUAUUCGUGAUGAUCAAGUCCGAGAAAUUGUUGAAUAUUUAAGUAGCGAAGACACAUGGAGCGAUUCUUACGAUUCUUCAGAUUAUACAAGUUCUGAUUUAGAAGGAUCAUCUAAAUCGGCACUCCAACAACAAAUUUCCGAUAGCUGCCAAGAAAUAAUUAAUAAAUUCGAUAAAAGCACUGAAGAUGAAGAAGGAGAUGAAGGCGAUGGAGGAAUUGAUAAUCAAGGUUUAAGUAAAGAGACCGCUUUUGUUUAUCAAAAACUUGUUGCAUCGAUCGAGAAAAUCGCCGCUGGGGAUGAUAUUAACGAAAAAACGAGCAACCCUCAUAAUUCCCCACCAUUAAUCGCGAAAGUUAUGCAUCACAUCGGCAAGAGAUUGGUUGCUUUAAUGCAUGAAGUUAGUAGUGGUGAGAGUCAUUGUAGUGGUGUUAGCCCAAAAACUAGGUAUCAUAAACGAAUCAAUAACAUCAAUAAAUUACACUCCUCUGAAGAUGAUGACUCAACAUCCGAUAGCAACAUCGAUAAAUUAUCAACAUUAGAAGAAGUAAGUUAUCACAACAAUCUUUUACCCAGAAGUAGAUCUCACGAUUUACUUCUAAGCGAAAGUAGAAUGCAUCAAUCAAAUAGUGGCGUUUCUGACAUCACCGAAGAACGAGAAACGAGUGAUUGCGAAAGAUUUAGUUGGAGAGGAAGUUUUGAAUCGGCUCUUUUAGCUACCGACUCUCGUAACAAACUCUCGUCAAUUGGUGAACACUCAAACUCAGCUUCAGCUUUAGCGAUUGCAGCGAAAAGACGUUCAGCUGGAGAUCUUUUAUUCUCACACAAAAGUCUGAGUCGGGAACAACUCGAUCGCGUUCGAUCUUGCGGUUCAAUCGGAGGUGGAAAUAGCGAAGACAAACUUUGGGUCACCAAACCUUCAAGUUCUUCGAAACGAAGAUCGAGCGUUCCGGAUACAACUUGCGGAAGUGGCGAUUCCGGCGACGAAGAAGAUAACGAAGACGAAGAGGAUCAAUUAGAGAAUAGAUCCACUUUACCUCGAAGUUUACAAAAUGGGCCUGCCACAACGAAUUCUUUACCGCGUCUUCCAACUAAUAAUACAACAACUAAUAGCUUAACGGUGCCUAAAGGACAUAUGUAUCAUUUCUUACAACAUAAUGUUAAAAGUGCGCGAUAUCGUCCACCGGGUUUUAACAGGAUUACUGUUCCUAAAAGAGCUGUUUCUGCACCUGGUUUACAACUUACUCAACAACAACGAAGGGGAAGAAGAUUUCAACAAGCUGUUGUUAAUACUGAUGAUUCAAGUAUUUCUGAAGCACAUUCUUCGCCAAUGUUGGCUUCUAGGGGUGGAAUCAAAAGUGCAUCUCAAAGUCCGAUAGCUCCCAGUUCACGAAGAACAACCGGAUCGGUUUCAAGCCAAGAAUGGAGAAGUAACGAGGAUGAUAUUGAUAAAUUAGUAACUGUGCAUCACAAUAGAAGUAGUUUAUCUAGUCUAGGAGUAAGUUUGAGAUCUGAUUCGAUGGCGAGUGUUUAUUCUGGAGCCGGAGAAGGUCGAUAUGGAACCGUAGCUGUAAAAGGUCAAGUCGAAUUUGGUUUGCAAUACAAUUACAAGACGAGCGCCUUAGAAAUCAUGGUGAAACAAUGUAGAGAUUUAGCGGCUAUCGAUAUGAAAAGAAACCGUUCGGAUCCGUACGUGAAAGUUUAUCUGUUACCUGAUAAAUCAAAAAGUGGUAAAAGAAAAACGAAAGUGAAAAAACACACUUUGAACCCCGUUUUCGAUGAGUGUUUAAAAUUCCACAUCACAUUGAAUGGUUUGGAAACGAGAACUUUAUGGCUGACCGUUUGGCAUUCUGAUAUGUUUGGUAGAAAUGAUUUUCUGGGGGAGGUCAUGAUGGCUUUAGAAAAUAAAGUUUUUGAUGAUCCUACACCGAAGUGGUAUAAUUUACAAGAAAGGACUGAACCUUUCGAUGAUAUGCUCUCAUUCAAGGGUGACAUUUUAGUUGGUCUAAAAUUUGUACCACCCGACAUGACCAUUGUUAAAAAAGGAAAGCGAUCAAGGGGAGCUUUACACGUUUUAGUUAAAGAGGCGAAAAGUCUUACAGCUAUAAAAGCUAACGGAACAUCUGAUCCAUUUUGCAAAAGUUACCUUUUACCCGAUAAAGGAAGAAGCUCAAAGCAAAAAACGUCUGUGAUUAAGAAAACAGUAAAUCCAACCUGGAACCACACGUUCGUUUACGAUGACGUCACAUUACAAGAACUCGCGGAGAGAUGUUUGGAAUUGACUGUUUGGGAUCAUGAUCGAUUGGCUAGCAAUGAAUUUUUAGGCGGUGUUCGAUUUUCAUUAGGAACAGGUAAACAUUACGGUAAAACUGUUGAUUGGAUGGAUGCAACAGGAAAAGAAAUAUCUUUAUGGAAAAACAUGUUGGAGAGGCCAAAUUUCUGGGUAGAAGGUUGUUUAUCAUUAAGACCAUCUUUAGAUAAUCGUACAUCGCAAUAAUAAUUUUGAUUAUCAAUUGAUUUUGUUCGUUGCGCAAUAAACAAAAAAUAAAUGUAACAAAUGAAAUACGUAUAUGUAUUGUCGCUCAACAAAAAUAAAUAAUUUAUCGCGAGUUUAUAUUUCAAUUAAACACAAAUUUGUGUGUACCUAUAGUUAUUUGUAUUAGUUUAUUUGUAGGCAGUUGUUUAUUUACGCGAGAAAUAAUUUGUAUGUAUGUAUUUUUUUGUACGUAUAAAGGAUUGUUUUUAAUUGUCAAAUUAUUGAGUAAUGUGUAAUAAUUCUUAUGAAGUUUGAAGCUACUUUCUAAUAAAAUAUAUUUUCAUACUUUAA